AUGGAUCGGCAGCCCACUUGGAAGCAGAAGGCGCAGACAGGAUGGCAAAUGGCAAAUGGCCAUGGUGAAACGAAACACCAUGAUGCUCGUGAUGCUUAUCUCGAUGAUUUCACAGAAAAAAGAAUGGGUUUCGUGGCACUCGACCUUGAUUUUGUGCUCAUCCGUGACGGGAUAUCGCGUAUGUAUACGUAUGAAGGUAGGAAGUAGGCACAGGCGCAGGCGCACAGAAUCUCACGCCGAGCAAGACCCCCACGGUGGCUCAGGAUUCGGUUGCUCAGAGGGGCCAUCAUGAUGUUGUCCGGCCGAGCGAAGAAUGGUUUUGA